GUUAUUUUGUAUACCGGAAGUUUUCAUUCUCCUAGCAACUGCACUUCCGACAUCUGACAGAAAAAACUUUUUACAAAAUGCUUCUUGAAUCACAAGAAAUGCAAGGCCAAGAAAUCCCUAAACUUAUACAGCCAAGAGAUCACAGAGCUAAAGUUUGUGUAUGGGCAGAUUUAACUGUUGAUGAUGUGGAUCGCAUCAGUGAAUCAUUGAACUCAGACCAUGUUAGGCAAGUUUUAGCUGACAUAUUCCACUUGGACGACUUUAGGACCAAUAUAAAGACAGGGAUUGUUAUGGAUCUGUAUUUUUAUACAAUAAUGUUUGCCAGAGAAAAUAACUUCAACAGAGAGAAAACUUCUGCUGUGUUCUCAAUUGUAAAGAAGACACAUGAAGUUUGUAUUGAGACUCCAUUUGGAAAUGUAGACCAGACAUUUAAUUAUUUUAAAGAAUUGGUUCUGUGUCAUGCUGUUAAUAGACCACCACACAGUAUUGAGUUAUUUAACGCAGAUGAAGUCAGAAAAAUCACAGAAUAUACAGUCAACACAUACUUCAGACAUUUCAAAAUGUACAAAUAUGCAUUUACACCAUUGGUGAGAUUAGACCUGUCUUUAUCUUACGUUGGAUUACCUGUCACACCCCCACCAUCUGAAGCUGAUGAAACCAGUCCACCAGAAGAUGAGGUUCCCCCUGAACAGACAACGGAACCAACAGAAGGGGAAACAACUACAGAACAACAAAAAACUCCUGAACCAGAAGAAUCACAAGCAAGAAAAGAAUUACGGACAAUGAUACAGACAUAUUUAUCCGACGAAAUCAAGAAAAUGAAAACUUCUGUUGAAGAACAAAUCAAAAGCACAGAAGAUAGUCUCAAUAAAAAGUUAGAGGUAACAGAAGGGACAAAAUCAGGAAAAGGUGCUAGGGGCUCACCAAAGGGGAAAAAGAAAUAGCGGACUAUCAUUGACUUAUAUAUAUUUGUUGAAUUUUGUAUUUUUAUUUGUCCAUACAGUGAAAUAAAAUUAUAUUAAGUAUAUUUUGACUGUUAUUAAAAUAAGAUGUUAAUAAGA